CCGGUCAAGCGUUUGUUGGUGAAAACAUUCGUCUCUUUCUGGGCUGGAGAAUAAAGAAUCUGUAUUUUUUCUCCACAUAAAUCUCGCCAGACAAACAAUAAUAUCCGAUUCAGUGCAUAACUGAGAGUCUUUCACGCUGCACGAGCUGCUCCGGUCAACUGUACGUGCUGUUGUGAAGUGGAAAGGUCUAGGAGCAACAACGGACAGCUGUGAAGUGGUAGGCCACACAAGCUCACAGAACAGGACUGCCCAGGGCUGUAGCGUUUAAAAAAAUUGUCUGUCCUCGGUUUCAACACUCACUACCGAGUUCCAAAACUGCCUCUGGAAGAAGAACUGUUUGUUGGGAGCUUCAUGAUGUGGGUUUCCAUGGUAGAACAUCUGCACACUAGCCUAAGAUCACCAUGCGCAAUGCCAAGUGUCGGCUGGAGUGGUGAUGUAUCGCCCUAUGAAAUCCGUUAAUUUUUUUUCCAAAUUCCAUUUGUUCUCCGUACAUUUUUAAAAGUUCUGUGUUUUACUCUAAUUUCAUAAUCAGAAAGUCUACACUCCUGCAAAAUUGUAAUUAUUCGCCUACCUCCUCAUGCCUUUUGCACACAAUGUAUAUAGACUCUUUUUUUGUGUGUGUUAUUGACUUGUUAAUUGUUUACUCCAUGUGUAACUCUGUGUUGUCUGUUCACACUGCUAUGCUUUAUCUUGGCCAGGUCACAGUUGCAAAUGAGAACUUGUUCUCAACUAGCCUACCUGGUUAAAUAAAGGCUUCUUGAAGAAGACAGCUCUCAUCCAUGUCACAAGUGAUGCAACUUCAGAGAACUAUUUGUAGUGCUGCCAGGUCUCACCCACCAGAUUGAUGACAUGGCAGAGACAGCUAUGGACCAAGACUAUGAGUGUCGGCUGCUCAGGCAGAUCAACAUUCAGAACGAGAAUGCCAGCCCUAUUAAGGCCAUAGAUGCAGUGCGAGCGCUGACACCCACCAACUCCCCUCUGUCAUCACCAAGCAAACAUGGCGACCGCUUCAUUCCCUCCCGCGCCGGUGCCAACUGGAGCGUCAACUUCCACCGCAUCAACGAGAAUGAGAAGUCCCACAAUCAGAACAGGAAGACAAAGGAUGGCACAACAGACACUAGCAAAGCAGACGGCCUGGCGUACUCUGCCCUGCUAAAGAACGAGCUGCUGGGGGCAGGCAUAGAGAAGGUCCAGGACCCCCAGUCAGAGGAUCGCCGCCUCCAGCCUUCAACCCCUGCCAAGAGGAGUCUCUUUAGUUAUUCUGUCUGUGCCAAACGGUCUCUCCCUGAGGAUGGCAAAACAGUCUCUCCAUACUCCCUGUCUCCUGUUAGCAGCAACAGUCAGAAGCUGUUACGGUCGCCUAGGAAACCCACACGUAAGAUCUCUAAGAUCCCCUUCAAGGUGCUGGAUGCUCCGGAGCUGCAGGAUGACUUCUACCUCAACCUGGUGGACUGGUCCUCCCUCAACGUCCUCAGUGUCGGCCUGGGAACCUGUGUCUACCUGUGGAGUGCCUGCACCAGCCAGGUGACGCGUCUGUGUGACCUGUCAGUGGAGGGGGACUCUGUCACGUCAGUGGGCUGGUCAGAGAGGGGGAACCUGGUAGCAGUGGGGACUCAUAAGGGCUAUGUACAGAUCUGGGAUGCGGCAGCAGGGAAGAAGCUGUCUGUACUGGAGGGACACACAGCCAGAGUGGGUGCGUUGGCGUGGAAUGCCGACCAGUUAUCGUCGGGCAGUCGUGAUAGGGUGAUCCUGCAGAGGGACAUCCGAGCCCCACCCCUCCAGUCAGAACGCCGUCUCCAGGGACACAGACAGGAAGUCUGCGGCCUCAAGUGGAGCACAGACCAUCAGCUGCUUGCCUCGGGGGGAAACGACAACAAGCUACUGGUAUGGAACCACUCCAGUCUUCUCCCGGUGCAGCAGUACACAGAGCACCUGGCUGCGGUGAAGGCCAUUGCUUGGUCCCCCCAUCAGCACGGCCUGCUGGCAUCUGGAGGGGGCACAGCCGACCGCUGUAUCCGCUUCUGGAACACCUUGACGGGCCAGCCCCUGCAGUGCACCGACACCGGAUCCCAGGUGUGCAACCUGGCCUGGUCCAAACACACCAAUGAACUGGUGAGCACACACGGUUACUCCCAGAACCAGAUCUUGGUGUGGAAGUACCCCUCCCUCACACAGGUGGCGAAACUCACAGGCCACUCCUACAGAGUGCUCUACCUGGCCAUGUCCCCUGACGGAGAGGCCAUCGUGACAGGCGCCGGAGACGAGACCCUGCGCUUCUGGAACGUCUUCAGCAAGAUGAGGUCCACCAAGGAGUCCGUAUCUGUUCUGAACCUGUUUACCAGGAUCCGGUAGCCAGAGGGAAGCUUGUGUCCAACAAGGGAACAAGGGGGUGAACCAGCACACUGGAUUUCAUUCUAAAAAAACAACUCCCCUUUCUCUGCCCCCUUAUGUCCUCCCCGGCCUCUGGUAGCCUAUGGUCCUUUCAAAUACCCAAGGCCAGGUCGUCAAGCCGAUAGAUAGGAGUCAAUAUUCCAGUGGAAUAAAUCCUAUCCUCACAACACCCAUCACAACCAGUGUGACAUUACAAGGCCACACCCCCAUAUAGUACCAUUGGUGAUUUUCCCUGGAAGAGGAGGAUUCUGGGCUGUUAGCUUCCCCAAGUGAUUCUGUUUUGUUUACAGACAGACUGCAUACCUGCCAAAUAUGAAGUUUGUCCUUUUUUAAAAUGUUUUAUUUAUUGUUUAUCACGUAACGUCGCCAGUGUGCAACAGCAGACUUUGUUUUGUUUCCUGUGUGAGUGAAUGUUGAGUGUCGGACUCUUCAGCGAAGAGCCUGAAAGUUUUGUUUGUGCCUGCCUUAUUAAAGGGAUAGUUUACAUCUUAAAAUGAAAGUAUGUCAAAUAUUUUUUUGCCUCACGAGGUAUGAAAAUGUGUGACAUGCUUUGACUUCAGGGUGAGCUGUCCUGUACCUAUUUGUAAUUAUUAUUUUUUUUACAUGUUGUAGACCAUUCUAAUUUAUUCACACGGUAAAAAAAAAAAAGUUAAGUUAAUUGUGUGACGCGUGUCAAUAAUGGUGGAAAUCUUACAUUUUUAAUUAGAAAACAAAUCUGCAGUUGUCAUUUUGAAAUUUGAGCAGUGGCCAAAUACUAAACUACAUAGAAUCACUUACAGUUUUUCCUCUAAAUUGUGUUGUUUUGCCAGUUAAUUGUCUUUUUUAAUUUUUAACCAAAGUAUCAGUACUCAGUAAUCACUUGCAUGGAUAUAUGUAGGUUAACCUACAUUUACAAAUUACAAUUUUGGUGUCUUGAGUUCUAAGAAAAUGUCAUUGCACUCAGUCUGAUAACGAGCAAGUAGUAUUUGGGAACAUAGGUAAAAAACUAGGCAUACACAUUGGAAUUUAUACUUAUACAGGAUAAAACCUGAAAAAUAUUUAAAUUGUAAUUUUUUUCCUGGGUGUAGCAGUAACUGAAAUGCGCUUUAAAGAAAAGGGAAAAACAUUCAUGGUCUCUUAAAGGCCUUGAUGGUUGCAUUGUGCUAUGUGUGUCUGUCUGCGGUAUAAAGACAUUUAAUCCAGGGUAUAUUUUUUUUCUCAGCAUUUCUUUGUUUGAUUCUUGUAGUGGUACCUUUUUUUUUUCAUUUUCUCAGUUUGGAUGUGGGUUUUGAGUGACCUUGUGUGCCAUCUUUGAAUGAGUGCUAUUUAUUUGAGCUGUGUAAAAGUGUCCAGUACACACAGCAUGUGUAUAUUAUUCUGAGAGUUGAUUAUUAUCUGAUAGUUGAAAGAUUGAAUGCUGACCUGUACAGUGUAUAUACUAGCGCCAGUCCUAGCUAAGCGUUUGUACUUAUUAUUUUAUGCCACAGAAACAAAACAAAGAAUGCUGCCAAAUUGAAAUGCAUAAAGAAUGUUAUGAAGGUCAAAAAAUAUUUCUGUACUGAGAAAAAAAUAAAGUGAUCACAUCACUA